CAAAAAGCCACCAAACAAGGAAGUGCGCGUGGAGCCGAGUCACCUUCUUCGUUAAGAGCUUUAAGACGGGUUCAAGUCGAGAUCCGGAUCAGAAGAAGAUGGGCCGGUCGAGUCUGCUGGCGGUCUGGGUCCUGCUGUGUACCGGUCUGGCACUGGGCUGUGACUGGGACCAGUCCGUUGAUCCGGACCAGGGUCUGGCCGUCAUAAAUGCCUCCAUGAUGAUAAGCCUGGACAAUAUCUCGGAGGUUCCGGACCAGAAGAGCUGCCGGGCUAAGUGCUGCAGCAAGUCGGACUGCGACCUGGCCUUGGUGCGGUUCCCGGCGGACGGACUGCCGCAAUGCCUGCUGGUCACCUGCGUGGUCGGGGGCCGGGACGUGUGCGUCCUCGGGCCCGCGACACACUCCAGGGUUUACCGCAGGAAGGGCAAGAGGGAGGCCGGCAGACAGCCGCAGGAAGACGGGAAGAAGCUGGACAUCGUCCCGCUGAUGGUUUCCUGGCAGCCGGAGACCAAUGAGACCGAGAACCAAAUGUCUGCUGCUGACUUUAUUGAGCACUGUGGGGCGGAGCCUCAGGUGGGUCCCUGCAGAGCAGCGUUUAGGCGCUGGUACUACAACAGUAAGACAGGUGGCUGUCAAUCAUUCAUCUACGGAGGCUGUAGGGGAAACAAGAACAACUACGUCGGUAAGAAGAGCUGCAUGGCAACAUGUACAGUCAGAGUGCUUUCCUCCGCCAAGAAAGUUUCUGCUUAUGAAGAAGUUUCAACAGAAUACAAAGAUGGCUGCAUGGCAAUCUCUGAUCCUGGUCCCUGCCGGGCGGCCUUUCCCAUGUUCUACUAUGACCCCAACACCGCCGCCUGUCAGUCAUUCCUUUAUGGAGGUUGUCGUGGAAACCAGAACCGCUACAGCACAAUGGCCGAUUGUUUGAACCACUGCAGACGAGACGGUUUAUUUGAACAUCGUGGAAAAGUUCGGGAGCGUUGGACUGCAGCUGUCUUCCUCUUCGUCACUCUGGCAGCCAUCUCUGCUCUGCUGCUGGUUACGCUCGUCGUCAUCACGCUGAGACGCCACAGUCGGUCCCGCCGUCCACCUUCCAUCAGUGAUAAGGAGGAGUUGCUUCCACAUCCAGAUGAGCAGUCCUCUAUGGAGUCUCUCGCCGUCCCAGAGAGCCCCAAAUUGGACAAGGCCUGAGGAGAGGGUCCGGAGCCCACAGAGGGUCCGGAUCAGUGCCAGUUCUGUAACAUUAUUUUACAGGCGCUGGCUGGUUUGAUUUUAAACCUUCUAUAAUCUGGAUUAUUUGAGUGUUUCUAUAAUGUCUGUUUUCUUUUAAUUAUCACAAAACCCUUGUGUUUUUUUGUACAAAAUCAGCAAUAUAAAGUCAUCACUUUGAUUCUGGUGACUUGAGAUACUCACUUUUUAUAUUAAAACAAUUAAAUAUGUAAUCAAGUGUGUUUUUAUUAUUACAGAUUAUGAUAUCAGGUAACGUUCGGAGUCCUGUCAUAAUUAUGAUAGUUAAUGAUCCUUAUAAGUAAAUGGUACAUUGUUUUAAUAUCAACUGGGUAUCUGUAAAUCGGCAGCAGUUUGACAGUUAUAUGUUUUCAUAAUAAUAAUAAUAAUAGUUUAUCUGUUACAGCAUAAGAAACCAGCCUGGGUUUAAUAUUCUUGGUGAUUCAUCAAUGAUUUAAUAAUGUGUAAUAAUGAUGCUAGAUGUUACUGUUUCUAUAUUCAA